UGUUUGCACGUGGGCAAAAACUCUGAUCACGCCCAUCUGUUAAUACAGCCACUCCUUCUCAUGAUAGUUAUGGCUGCCCGCCUGGAGGAUCUAGGAAGAAGGGCUCCUCCCAGGCCUAUGGGCCCCAGAGGCGUAUUCUGGUACGAGUGGAGCAGACUCUUUGGUCCACUCGCCUACCAAGAGAGUGAUCCUACUGAACCACUGACUGAUUUACAUUUUGAUAAAGUCUUCCAUGAACACAAAAGCACUGCUACUAUUCCUCAGGUUCGAGCUAUCUGCCCAACCAUCUUCUUUCGCCACAAGUCUCUACCUUAUAAUGUUGCUGUCCUCAUAAUCGGCCCAUGGUUUCUUGUCUUGUUUGCUAUUCUUGCAGGUGUGAUGGCUUUUGUGGUGACUUGGAUAUUGCAGCCUAGCAUACGACUUGGCCUUUUUGUCGUGGGGGCAGUCCUUCCAGUUUUUCUUGAGCCACUGAAGAUAGUUUUGUCUCUAUUAAAAGAUGUACAGGCUCGGGUUUUUCGACAGAUUCGGAUUAACGCUUCACUUGGAGGGAGUUUUAAUUUAGAUAGAAUUGCUGCAAGUAAUGUGUGACAUUUUCUUUAUUUUUAUGAAAUAUUUUAAAAGUAUAAACAGACAGUAAAACUAUGG